AUGACCUCAAAGAAGAAAGGUACCGCGCGUCGGUCCGGGCCAUUCCUAUUUUCCUCUCGCACGAGGACUACCAAGGACGUGCCUCCGAUCAAGAAACUGCUCGGCGAACUUGGGUUUGGCGAUGAUGCUGAUAAAAAGCUCCUCAAUGAGUUCAACGCUGCUCGUAAAUUUCACAUGAACCGCUUCUUAGAGGAAAAGAUCAUCGACGACAAAGACAUAUUGGAGUGGUCCUCCGAGCCAUGCAAGCAAAAGAUUCGCAGGCUGGCCAAAGACUUUCUUAUCAGACACAACUAUGGCCCUCGUUUCUGGCCCGACGAGGUUUCUCCUGCAAACACCAAGAACUACCGUUAUCCACAGGAUUCCCAACAGAUCAUCAAAACAUUGACCAUGCUGUUUUUUCGACAGCUAUACAACAGAAGAUCACACAACAUAAAGGUUCGCAAAGAAAAGAGGCGUACCAAUCUCUUCGAGCGAGGUGAUGCGCCUGACGAGCCUAUUGCCCUUGAUCUGUCCAGCGAUGAGUCUGAUUACGAAUACCAAGUAUUCGAUCCCCCGGCAUCCCCGAUGUCUGGUGAAUCUUACCUCAAGAGAGAGCCUGCUGAUUCUCCGGACUUACCUUCACUUGAGGAGAUAAGACGUACAGUACAGAGCCAGACUAUACCCUCAAAUACUGUGACGUCGCUACGUAGUGUAGUUCAGGAUGAGAAUGAGAAUGUUAACUCGGAGGCAUCUCAUGGAUCUAGCCAACCCUCAAGAACAAGCCCUGUGCUGGCAACAAAAAGGCCUCUAUUAGAAUCAGAGACGUCGCCGUUGCGUACAAAAAGCCCGCGUCUCAACGGUUUUCGUGCACCCACAGCCGACCCGGUCUCUCAAGGUCCCAAUGUUCGGCUUGAAUCAGUCGCCCGAGCAGUUUCUCCCAGACAAGAGCUUCGGAGGUCAAGUCGAAAAUCUGUUCCUGCGCCUGUUGCUCCCAUAGGUAAAGGAUCAGGGACGAAUAAAACCCAGGAACAAUCAUCAGAAGCAGAGAGGAAUACCACGGAUGAGAUCGUCUGUGGGUUCAAAACUGCGAUACGAUCAGUUCCACCUACUGGAGAGAAUGGCAGUUCUCGCAUUUCUGAAAAUGAAACGACAGCUACAGACCAGCCGCCUGUAAAGCUUGGUUCUACGCCACUCUCUCAGAAGGAUACUACUGCCACGUCUGGGCCAGAUAUCGAAGAGCUCAGCAGCAAUUCGUAUGAUACAGCUGCGGCACGGCGAUUACUGAGCUCGCAUCUCCGUGGGCAUACUACAAAUACUCCUACCCCUCUACAAUUCUCUUUUUCCUUUCACGAUGGUAGCCACGGCGACCCUUUCAGCAUUUCGGCGGUCGAAUUCUUCACAAUGACCCUCGAGCAGUUUAUGGACGUUCUGCCCAUGAACGACAAGGAAAUGAUAGUAGGGCUGUGCAUACGCCAAUACGGGCCCAAGUUCUGUCUCCGGCAAGUGUAUCUGUACAACGAAGCUGUCUUUGGGAACAUUCGUCAGCAGUUUCUCCGUUGUAUUGAGAGCGAUACACGAGAUGUGAAGAACCAUGGAAAGAGGCUGGACUACGAGAUCAGUAUCGAGCCACUUAGGGAUUAA